CUCCGCAGAUAUUUACCCGGCCCCACCGAGGAUCUAUAUCUGAGCAGCCGCCGCGGGCCCCACGUGUCCCCCAAGCUUUCCCCAUCUUAAAGCCCUCGUGUCUAUUAGGAAUCGAUGCUGUUUUCGAUCACGACACGCGUCCGUGACGGCACGAAUGGGUCACGUGUCGGACAGGCAUUGGAUCGCAAGACUGACGAAGGCCUGGCUGGAACGUCGAGCCGACACGCGUACUGGCUCGCGUUUGAACCGGGCCGAUUUCCGCGGGCCGACAAAUAGAACCUGUCGGCUCGUGAUUACGAGCCUAUAUAGAAUGACGGCUGAGCCAAUUUGGAGCGAACAAGCGUCGUCGUGUGUACGAAUUUCAACGGCCGGACCGGCCAAAGCCAACCUCUCUCCUCGUCGUCGUUGUCGAUGAUUGGAUUAAUUGCAGGGGUGGAACCGCAUCGAAGCAAUGCGGCGGUGAUGGAGAGUUGCGGUAAGCGUCGGAGUUGCGAUUCUUGGAGAGCGGCGAGCGGCGGCGCCGGCGACGGGAACACGGGCAUCAUGGACGAGACGGUGUUGUUCCUGGUGUUCCGGAGCAUCAACUGGGAGCCGCGGUUGAUCUGCUUGGCGGCCUGCGUGAGCAGGCGGCUGCGGGCGGUGGCCAGGCGGGUGCUGUUCCGGGAGCUGUGCGUGGCGCGGGCGCCGCGGAUGGCGGCGGCGCUGACGGCGGGAGGGGCGGCGCCGGCGGGGAGGCUGGGCGGCGGGUGGCACGCGCUGGCCAAGCUUCUGUUCUUCUGCUGCGGAUGCGCGGCUGCCACGCGGUUCUUCGCGCCGGUCGAGCGGCCGGCGAAAGGGCACUUCGUGGCGGAGUCGCGGUUCUCAAAGACGUCGGGGAGGAGCUUCCUCCCGCGCCGGUGCUGGGGCGACCUACUCUACGUCAGCGACACGUGCGAGCACGCGGCAUCCACCGGCGGGGGAGAGGAUCUGGGCGCGUACAGGGGGGUGUUCCGGGGGUUCGUGCGGUCGCGGACCAGAGCGUGGUUGAUCGGGAAGCGGGCGGAGCUGGAGGUGCGGACUCGCUGCCCCUACUGCGGCGCCCGGGUGUGGAGCAUGACGGCGGCGGGGCUGGUUCCGAGAAGCGCUUCGCGGAGGCUGGGCGCUCACCACGGCAGCUUGGAGUACUUCGUCUGCGUCCACGGCCACCUCCACGGUUAUUGCUGGCUGGCUCAUUUGUCCUCCUCCUCUUCCUCCUCCGGCGACCACUACAGCUCCUCCUCCUCCUCCUCCUCCUCCGGCGAGGACGAUAAACUUCAAGAAGAAGAGGAAGGCGACGAAGGGAGAGUCCAAUUCUGAGCAUGGUCUGCGUUCAUUGCCCUGUAGUCUCUCUGUUAUGCUCUGUUUCCUCCUCCCUCACCUUCACUGACAAGCGAGUUAAUGUGAAAGACUGUUUUCCUCCUAUUUUUUUUUUUAAAAUUAUAUAUUGUUAGUAUUUUGCUUAUUAGAAUUCUUAGUUUUACUUAAAUAAUAUUUAAUUAAAUAAAGAAACCUAUUUGUAAUAUAAAUGUAAAUCAUCUUAA